UCUGAGAGUGAACUUUCAUCAACUUCUUUCGUCAGUUCGACAGAUAAAACAGCCGUACAACAAGUUAAGAUACGAUAUUAUAAAACUACUUUGUCUCAAAUUUUAAUUGGUCCAAUAAUAUUUUUGUUACUUUUAUACAUUUUACAACAAGCUGACAAUAGUCAGCGAUUAAAGUCAAAUCUACAUCCAACGGCUUAUCCCCUUCUUGGAGUUCAACCUUGUCAGGGACGAACACCAUCUGACUCAUGUAUCAAUUUAAUGUUUACACCAAAUGACCAGGCAUCAGCAUCGAUAAUGAAAGUUUUUGCAGAUAAUAAUUUUAAACGGACUGGACAAAAAUUAAACUUUGAGGAUUCAAUCGCUACCCUUGACUUUAUACCAACGUCCACCCUUGGAAUUGUUCCCGUUUCUGACGCUAACUUCAUCUACAAUUACACUUUAAAUAAUCCAAAUAUUACAUUGUUUGGUAUUGAGUUUAGUACUGAUCAAGGCCCUCCUGUGAAUUAUAGAUAUCAGAUUUGGUUUAACAGUACGCUUAUGGCAAAUCAGACCGAUAUGUUUGGUGAACAAGUACUUGCUUUACAACGCGGAAUUGAUGAAGCUAUUGUUACUUUUGCGUCUAACGAUCUCCAAAACCCUGCGACAUUUGACAUUAAACUUAAGGAUUGGCCUAAAGUUCCUCCUUCUCAACUUAGUGAUCAAAUUGUAACAUCAUUUGGUGCUAUAUUUUUCUUUUGUGCUGAAAUGAUCAUUUUCAUUUCUGUUCUAAAUACAAUUGUAACUGAAAAAGAACAAAAGUUAGUAGAUAGUUUAGUGAUGAUGGGUUUGAAGAAAGAGGUUUAUUGGUUAAGUUAUUUAAUUUCUAAUGCUUGGUUGGUGGUUAUUUGUUCGCUGAUAACCUGCUCGUUUGGAUAUGCAUUCCAAUUUUUUGUAUUUAAAAAUGCAAACUUUGGUGUUCUAUUUAUUACAUUUGCUUUGUUUGGCCUUGCUAUGGUCUCUUUUGCAUUCUUCAUCACUACAUUCUGUCGUCGUGCGCGUGUCGCUGUGCUUGUUGGUAUAUUCAUAUUUAUUAUUGGGCUUAUUUUCCAGUCUUUCGUAUUCUCUAAUGCAGUUUUGGGAUACAUUUGGUGGAGUUCAUCUGUUGAUAAAGCAGGCUGGAUUGUUCUGAUGUUUUUACCAUUUUUCAAUUUUGGCAAGCUUUAUUUAGACUUAUCUAUGUUGACUGCUGGAAAGCUUGAUCAAUUAACUCAAACAGCUAUCCCCGGUCCAGGGUUCGCUUGGAAUGAUCUUUAUAAUCCGAUUCCAGAUACUUAUCUUCCAACUUAUGGUGGUACUGCUGUUAAACCUGCCGUACCUCCUCCGAUUCAAAGUUGGUAUUUCUUGUUGAUGAAUAUCGGUUUUUAUUAUAUUCUUACAUGGUAUCUGGAUAAAAUCAUUCCUGAUGAAUUUGGAAAUUACGAGAAUCCAUUUUUCUUUUUAACACCUGGUUAUUAUGGAAUUAAAUUCCAAAGAAAGUUUGAUUUGCAAGCAUGGUUAAAUCGUGCUCAGAAAGCUAAAAUGAGUAAUCAUACUGAAGAAGAUGAAGAUGUUGCUCGUGAACGUGUUCUAGCAUUUGAUCCAACUUACGAAUGUAUCGUCAGGAUUUGCAAUCUCAGCAAAGUUUAUCGAAAAUCUUUUAUUAAAAGUAUAUCGGAUAAAGUGGCGGUUAAUGAUUUGUGCUUGACUUUGAAAGAAGGAAAAUGUCUCGCUUUACUAGGACAGAAUGGUGCUGGUAAAAGUACAUCAAUGAACAUCCUAUCUGGACUAACCCCAGCAACAAAUGGUGAUGCAUUGUUAUACGGAUAUAGUGUUCGAAAUGACAUGAAUCAAAUUCGUAAGAUCAUGGGCGUAUGCCCUCAACAUGAUAUUCUCUUUAAUGAUUUAACGGCGAAAGAGCAUAUUGAACUCUAUGCAGGUAUUAAAAAUAUACCAUCUGCUGAAAUUGCGAAACUGGUAGAAGAACGGCUGGCUGCUGUACGUCUCACUAAGGUUGCUAACAAGCCGGCCGGUUCUUACAGUGGUGGUAUGAAGCGUCGUCUUAGUAUGUUAAUUUCUACAAUCGGUGAUCCUAAAAUCAUUUUCAUGGAUGAACCUACGACCGGAAUGGACCCAGUUAACAGACGUCAUGUAUGGAGUUUUAUCGAAAAUUUCAAACAGGGAAGAAUUAUUAUUUUAACAACGCAUUCUAUGGAGGAAGCCGAUGUAUUAGGUGAUCGAAUUUGUGUCAUGGCUCAUGGCCACUUGCGUGCUCUUGGAAAUUCUAUGCGUAUUAAAAAUAAAUUUGGUGCUGGUUAUCGCGUAUCUCUUGUCACUCACCCUAAUGAUUCACAACGUCUUAAGGAAUUAGUUGAAGCUCAAGUACCUGCUGCUAAGUUGGAAGAUGAUUCAGCUGGCUCUCUUAUCUACGAACUUCCUUUAUCUGUUUUACCAGCUUUACCAUCAUUUAUUCAGUGGUUGGAAGAAAAUGAAGAGAUGAGCAAUAGCGAGCCAGGAAAAAAACUUGUUAAAGCUUGGGGCGUCAGCCAAAAGAGUUUGGAAGAAGCCUUUUUAAAAUUAAUUCGUGAUGCUAAUCCCGAAGGCUACAACAGCGGUUUAAGACAACGUAAUGUUACAAAUAAAAGUACUGAUUUAUCUUCUUAA